GGGUGGGCAUCUGGGCAAUGAUUGGCGUCUACGUGGACUAAUAAGUAAGGUCGUAUGUCAGUUUAAGGGGCGGGAUGAUGUGUAUAAGCCAAUCAAAGCUGCAGGCGCGGGACUGAAUGAAUCAUGUGUGGUUGUAGCGGUUCAGCGCCUGCUGAAUGAGGGCAACGUUACCACCAACCGAGGCCCAGAGUGAGAUCGUGAGCGGGUUAAACCACCAAAUCGGUGCCCGGGACAACGGCCCACUGCAUCUUUCGGUGGCCUCCUCCAGUUUGGGGAGCUGUGGGGCGAACGUUGUUGGGCGCAAUGAGAGAACUGGACCUGUUUCUGGAUAGAUUGGAGAUCACUUUGUACAAGAGGAGAGAGCUGGACCUGUUUCUGGAUAGAUUGGAGAUCACUUUGUGCAAGAGUAACUACAGCUUGUGCAAAGCAUGGGGGUGAAAACACAGCGUCCUCGAUGUUUUUUUGACAUAACUGUCAAUAAUCUGCUUGUGGGCAGAGUUGUCUUUGAAUUGUUUUCCGAUGUCUGUCCAAAGACUUGUGAGAACUUUCGCUGCCUCUGUACAGGUGAAAAGGGGGUAGGAAAGAGUACUCAAAAACCUUUGCAUUAUAAAGGUUGCCUAUUUCACAGAGUUGUAAAGGACUUUAUGAUUCAAGGAGGUGACUUCAGUGAAGGAAAUGGCCGAGGAGGUGAAUCUAUCUAUGGAGGGUUUUUUGAAGAUGAAAGUUUUGCAGUCAAACACAACAAGGAGUUCCUGUUGUCCAUGGCUAACCGAGGAAAGGAUACUAAUGGUUCACAGUUUUUCAUAACUACUAAGCCUGCACCUCAUUUAGAUAGUGUACACGUGGUCUUUGGUCAAGUUAUUUCAGGACAAGAAUUAAUAAGAGAUGUGGAAAACCAGAAAACAGAUGCAAAUAGUAAACCUUAUGCAGAAGUGCGAAUCUUAAACUGUGGAGAAUUAAUUCCGAAAUCCAAAGCCAAAAAAGAAGAGAAGAAAAGAAAGAAAUCUUCAUCAUCCUCUUCAAGCGAAUCUGAGAGCUCUACAGACUCAAACUCUUCCUCGGAGUCAGAAAGUGAAACAGAUGAAGAUUCUAAGAAAAGAAAAAAGAAGCGGCGUAGGAAAGAGUCCAAAAAACGAAAGAAAGAUAAGAAACGACGAAAGAAAUUGGAAAAGAAAAGUUCAUCUGAUGAAAGUACAGAAAGCACUACACUGCAGACAGUUGCCACAGUCCGUGCUGAGGAAAUUCCCCCUGUACCAGAGAACAGAUUCUUAAUGCGAAAGAGCCCUCACAAGACAGAUGAAAAAGAGAAAGAGAAGAAAAAAGAGAGCAAUGUAUCAAAUUCUCAAAUGUCUACAUAUCAAAGACGACUCUUAGUAACCAGGUCAGGCCGAAAAAUUAAAGGAAGAGGACCUCGGCGCUAUCGAACACCUUCACGAUCAAGGUCUCGGUCAAGAGAUCGAUUUAGGCGCAGUGAAACUCCGCCACACUGGAGACAGGAGAUGCAACGAGCACAAAGAAUGAGGGUUUCAAGUGGAGAACGAUGGAUCAAAGGAGACAAGGGUGAAGUGAAUGAAAAGAGAGAAAACCACAACAAUAGAAGCCCAGGCAGAGGGAGAGAGCGAAUGACUUCGGACUACAAAUCGGACAUAUUGGAUAGUCCAAAAAGGAGCAGAGAGAGGGAUAAGAAAACAGAACGAGAGACUGGAAGGAGCCAUCGAUCUAGAAGUAAAGAAAGAGAACAAAAGAAAACAAACAAAGAUGACAAAUCUGAUAAAAACAAGUCUAAAAAGAGAAAUAAAUCGAGGAGUAAAGAAAGAAAUCAAAGCCGAAGCAAAGAUAGGGAAAAACAUGCCAAAACCAGAAGCAAGGACAGAGAGCAGAAACCAAACAAAGAAAAGAGAGCAAAUUCAAGAAGCAAGGAUAGGGAGCAUGCAAAAGACAAAGAGAGGGAUAAACCUGCAAAAUCAAAUAAAGAGCAGGGAAAGCAUGAAAAAUCUAAAAGCCGAGAACAGAGUAGAAGCAAAGAGAGAGGAAAACGUGCAAAGUCAAAGUCUAGCACUCGCGAUCAAGAAAAGAGUAACAGUAAAGAGAGAGAGAAAAGGUCCAAGUCCAAAAGUAGGGAUCGAGAGCAGAGUAAUAGUAAAGAAUUGGAGAAACAAGUCAAGUCAAAAUCCAGGAGUAGGGACCGAGAGCAGAGCAACGGGAAAGAAUUGGAGAAGCAAGUCAAGUCAAAAUCCAGAAGUAGGGACCGAGAACAGAGUAACGGUAAAGAGUUGGAGAAACGAGCCAAGUCAAAAUCCAAAAGUAGGGAUCGAGAGCAGACUAAUGGAAAAGAAUGGGAAAAACGAGCCAAGUCAAAAUCCAGCACACAUGAUCCAGAGCAGAGUAAUAGUAAAGAGUGGGAGAAACGAGCCAAGUCAAAGUCCAGAAGUAGGGAUCGAGAACAGAGUAACAGCAAAGGGAGGGGUAAAGAGGCCAAAUCAAGAAGUAGGGAUCGAGAUCAGAAUAACAGCAAAGGAAGGGGUAAAGAGGCUAAAUCAAGAAGUAGGGAUCGAGAGCGGAGUAAAAAUAGAGAGAGGAGAAAACGAGCCAGAUCGAAAUCCAGAAGUAGAGAUCAUAAACAGAGUAAAAGCAAAGAGAGAGCAAAACGGGCCAAAUCGAAAUCUAAAAGUCGAGAACGAAGUAAAAGCAGAGAGCGAGAAAAAAGGGCCAAAUCAAAAUCUAGAAGCCGAGAUAGAGAACAGAGUAAAGACAAAGAUAGAGGGAAAAGGGCCAAAUCUAGAAGCAAAGAUCGUCAACAGAGUAGAAGUAAAGAAAGAGGAAGGCGAGUCAAAUCUAGAAGUAAAGAUAGGAUAAAAGAAAAAAGUAAAGAAAGAGAAAAACAUGCAAACUCAAGAAGCAGAGGCAGGGAACAAAAACACAAAGAAAACUCGAUUAAAUCCAGUGGUAAUGAUGCAGAACAGGGCAAGAGUAAAGAUCAAGAAAAAAGAGCAAAAUCUAAAAGCAAGGAAAGGGAUAGAAGUAGGAGCAAAGAAGGUCAAAGGAGCAGAGAUAAAGAACAGAAAAAAACAGGGCGAUCCAAGAGCAGAGAUAAAAGAACUCCUGAAAAAGAUAGAUAUGACAAUUCAAAGAAGGAACAAAAAUCAAAAAGUUCAGGAGAUAAUCAAAAUAAAGAGAAAGAGUUAAAGAUUGCUGAAAAUCAAAGUUCAAAUGGGAAAAUAGUACAUAACAGGGAGAAUGAAAAACUGAAAAGCCAUACUAGGAGCCAGGGUAGGGAUCAUAGCAGCAGCUCUGAGAGUCUGAAAGAGGAUGAGGGCAGGAAUAAGAAGGAACAAAGUAGCAGUCCCAGUUUACAGAGAAAAAGGGAGAGUAGUAAAAGCAAGAUGUCUGAAGAAAAGUCUACGUCUAGAAGCAGAUUGUGUGAACAUGAUGACAAAAUUAAGUCAAACAGCAGAAUAAAAAAUCGGAACCAUGACAAAGAGCAGCACUCAAACUGUGAUUCAGCCCCUAGUUCAGAUGAAGAUAGAAGUGAAUAAAUGUGUUUUAUGGACAAGCAAUCAAUUGCCAAUAAAUGUUUCUGUGAUUUUUUUUUCAGAGACAUGUUUGGGACAUGUCUUUUAAACCUGAAUUUCAGUUGAGUUUGUUUUUUUUGACAAUCUGCAGCCUGGAUUAUUUGUACUACUGGACUUUUAAUAAAUUUGUAAAGUGGUGCAAAAGAUGGUUUCAUUUAAUGUUUUAAUUUUUGGAGCAUUAUGGUUUUUAACUUUUAUUUUUUGACAUUUCUGAAACAGACCAAUAAAUAACUUUUUAUUGGAGUUUUAUUUUAGUGUUUUCAAUAGUGAUAAUUAUCAAUGACAUUUUUCUGUUUGGAUGGGAAUAGUAUAUCUGAAUAGACUGAAAGCUUUCUGGUAAUUACCAUCCUGCUACUUUUUCACAAAAAGUGGGUAGCAAAGAUCCUGUGCGAAAUGAGUUUAUGCAGAUUUGACCCAGUUCCUUGUGCAUUGAAUUCACAGCAUAGAACAGGACACAAUGCAACGUUGCACUGAAUUGGGAGUGUUACUCAGAGGUCUCUUCAUUGAGAUUGUUGGUAUUGGAAGGUAGGGAAUACUAUGUUCAGGCACAUUGAAACUGAUUUUCUGCAUUCAGUCUACAUUGCACAUGGCCUGGAAGUGAUUAAUGACACAGUAAAGACUUUUUCUCACCUUGAUGAGUGCAAAACUUUACUAAUAUUGUAUAUUUUUAUUUUCAGCUUGACGGUACAUAUAAAUUUGAUUUUCCUUUAUCAGGCCAGGGUGUUGCUUAUUUUAGUUUAGCUAUGAUGUAAGUAACGAUGCACAAGACAGAUAUGGUUUCAAGUUUGAAUUCUAAUACAGUCCUUAAAAUUUUCAGUUAAUGUAGGGUCUUAUUCAAAGAUUUGAUUUCAUGUUUUCCAUUUACUUAUGUUCAACUUGCAUAAAUUUAAGCACUACAAAAUGUUACCAAUUCUUUAAACUGGACUGGACUGAGAAUUACACAUGUUUGUGUGACACAAUGCAGAGUAGCUAUGGAUCUUGGUCUUUAACCAAGGGGGCUUCACCAAAAUACUGCAACACCUUCCAGAGUAUAAAAAAAAAGUAUUUCUAAGACACCUAUGGAAUUUAUUCCUCUCUGUGAUUGUUUGUAUACUCUGUACAUUGCAACCACAGCAUCGAACAAACAUGCUUCAUAAAGUGAAAUGUCGCGCCAUGACAUGUCCUAAACUUGUAUAUUUGGGCAAACAUUUCUUACCCUGGUAAAGCUCUUAAUCUGGAGAAACAGAUGCUCCGGUAUCCUCCUCCCUUAGUAAUUCUAACCUUUUUGGCAAAAUGGAAUUUCUUAACAGAGCUUCGCUAAAUAUUUUGUCUAAGACUUAACAAAUGUUUCUAGUUGUGUACACCAAUUGUGCAACCAGGCUUUGAUUCCAUAAUUUUUUUUCAGGAGUCUUAAUAUUUGAGGCAGGCAACAUUUAAUAUUUUAUUUCAUACUUUUUCCUUGAAAUUGUUUAAAAAUUGUCUUUUCUCAGAUUCUGUCUUGAAGGAUCAUCUGAAUAUUUCUGAUUUAAAUUUAUUGGUAUGAAAAGAUAAAGCUUAAAAUCUUUCUUUCUGAACUCAUGGAAGCAGGUUUGUUUCUCCACAUAAUUAAAUUCUGUAGUAAAUUUAUGGAAGAAGUUGUUUCUUCAACAGAUGUAUGGUUAUUAGUGUACGGCCCUUGUGUUUUUUUUUUACAAAGUUCUAUCAUGCAAUAAAAUCAUAUUGCAAACAUUUUAUUUGUAAAACGUAUAACAAAUUCUACCUUUCAAUAAAAUUAUUAAAAUCUUCAAA